CCAUGAAGCGCAUCCCCACAUUACAGACACCUCAUUAAUCAAUUACUUAACUUGCUCCAUUCCUCUCCUUUCUCUCUUCUUCUUCUUCUUCCUCACUAUUUUUCUGUCACUUUAAUCACUCGCCCAAAAACCCACUGCCUUCUUCUCUACCCAGCAGCCACCACCAACAUUCCAUUCCCACACACUCUCUCAGCGCAUCCCCACAAGUCGCAGACACAAAGAACCCACUAGCAGGUUGUCAUGGUGGAGAACAGAACAGCAAAUCAACGCUACCCAUUUCCAAUUUCAGCAUAAAGUUGAUUCCUUUUCAGAGAUUUUUCCUCCCCCAAAUUUGCACUCGGUUCCAAUUCGAUGAUUGGGUUGUUCCGUGUUGUUGAUUGCUUGAUCAAAUGGUGACACUUAGUAACGCCUCUGUUUGUUCUUGGAUCGAUCACUUUCUCGCUUGUAUGGGUGGUUGUUUUGGAUGCUGCGAGAAGCCCACACCGAUAAUUGCUGUGGAUGAGCCAUCGAAAGGAUUGAAGAUACAAGGCCGGGCAGUGAAGAAGCCUAGUGUAUUUGAAGAUUUUUGGAGCAGCAGCACUUGUGAGCUGGAUAAUAGUGCUAUUCAGUCUCAAAGAAGCGUAUCCUCAAUCAGUGCUUCAAACCCCAACACUAGCAGUGGUGGUACCAUGAGUGGUAGUACGACAGACUUUGUGAAUCAUGGUCUGCUUCUGUGGCAGCAGGGCAGGCUUCAAUGGACUAGGAGUGGUGAAUCUACCAGCAAUCAAACUCGUCAAACAUGCGGACCCCGAUUGAGUUGGAAUGCAACUUAUGAAAGCUUGCUUGGAAGCAGGAACCCUUUUCCCCGGCCUGUCCCACUCGCUGAAAUGGUAGAUUUUCUAGUGGAUGUGUGGGAGCAAGAAGGUUUGUAUGAUUGAAUGAAGAACAAAACUCUUAAAAGUUGGGAGAUAUGCUUCAGAAUUGUACAUGUUUUUUUAAAACUCUUUACAUUCCCCAUUUCUCUAGACGACUUUUGUAUAUACUAAAUAGUUUCUGAAAAGAAACAGUUAAGAGGUAAAAAGGUUAAAAAGAAUGGAAAGGGCUUAGCAUGUUUGAUCUUUGAGAUAAAUUGGGCUCUUGUGUUUGGUAUUUGGUAAGCUACGCCUACCAAGAACUUCCCUUUCUCCCUUGUAAAUGUGGCCAAUUGAACAAAUUGUUAUAAUCUGAUUUCUUUAUAUAAUUUAUCAAUCUUUUGUGUCA